UACACCACAAGUCUUUCGCCAGCUCCCUUCUUUUGCCUCCUACUGUGUUUUUUGCCGCCGAUUCCGCAGGCUUCUUUACUCUCCAGCUCCGGCCAAGCCUUACUGGUAAGCUUGUGAAAAAAGAUGGGUCGUGUUCGUACCAAAACAGUGAAGAAGUCUUCACGUCAGGUGAUUGAGAAGUACUACUCACGUAUGACUCUUGACUUCCACACCAACAAAAAGAUCUUGGAAGAAGUCGCAAUCAUCCCAUCCAAAAGACUACGCAACAAGAUUGCUGGGUUCUCCACCCACUUGAUGAAACGUAUCCAAAAGGGUCCAGUCCGUGGGAUCUCACUCAAGCUACAAGAGGAAGAACGCGAGAGAAGAAUGGACUUUGUCCCCGACGAGUCAGCCAUUAAAACCGAUGAGAUUAAGGUGGACAAAGAGACACUAGAGAUGCUUGCUUUUUUGGGAAUGUCUGAUACUAGUGGGUUUUCUACAGUGGAGCCACAAGCUUUUGCUGCACCCGGC